AUGAAAAAUAGUUUAUAUAUAAAUCAAGUAAAAAAGUUUGUUGAAAAUAUAAGUACCGAUUUUUUUAAUUUCGACGAUCUGAUUGAAGAAGGAAAAACAGAAAACGAUGUUACAACUGGUAGUAGGCAAUCAUUAGUGGCUCACCAAAAGAAGGUGCACGAAGUGCAUACGAGUCUAAACUCCAACUGUAGAAUAAUAAAAAUAGAAGAUGAAGAAAUUGAAAUAGCAAAAUGGAAUGAAAUGAAAAGCGUUCCAUUAAAUGAAUUCAUUAUAAAAGCACUGAUUAAUAAUUUCCAUUUCCAAAAAUUCCUUCCAUGUCAAAGUUAUGUGUUGGAAUAUGCUCUAUUAAGUAAGAAUGAAUCGAAUUCUUUACUAAAUGGAGACAUAUAUAUUGAAGUACCAACAGGACUAGGAAAAACAUUGUGCUAUAUUAUAACUAUCUUAGAUUAUUUUUUAUAUAACAAGGAUCAAAAUGGGAAACUUUUUUGUCUUAUACUAACAGCUACAGAAGAAUUAGUUACUCAGAUUUUAAGAGUCAUAAAUAAUUUCCAUGUGAAGAACUUAUUGUGCCAAGGAAUAAAUACAAAUAUGUUUCAAAUGAACAUAUAUUUUGAUGAACUAAUUGAUAACAAUGAUGUAUUUAAUGAUACGAAUAUCAUCGUGACAACUACAAAUAAAUUCGAAAGUCUCUUUUUCAGUAAUGAAAAACUAUUUCAGAACUUAAAAUUUUUAGUUAUAGACGAAGUAGAUAAAAUAAUGUCUUUCAAUAAAUCGAAUAUAAAUAAUUUAGUAAAUUCUUUAUCAAACAUUGUAGAAAAAUAUGAAACAUUAAAUUCUGAUUUAUAUAAACCUAAGAAAUUCCUUCAAAAGUUUUUCGUUUCUGCUACUCUGUGUAAAGUAUCGGAUAACUUGAUGUCUCUAAAUUUGUAUAGACCCAUUUUUUUUUAUUAUAUAGUUAAGCAUAAAAGAAAUGAGGAAUUUUACUUGAUCACCAAAAAAAAAUACAGCAAAGUGUAUAACGUCAUUAGGUUGAUUAUGGAUAUCCCAGAAAAGGAUGGUCUGAGUAUGCUCAUUUUCUGUAAGAGUGAAGAAUCUGUACAUCUUCUCUAUCGAUUCCUGACCGUUUAUUUUAGUUACAUUAAAGAAACUAGUUAUAAGAUAAAGGAGUACACCCGUAAUUUAUCUAACAGCAGCAGGAAGAAAAUAUUAAACCAAUUUUUAAGCCAGAAAUUGCACAUUUUGAUAUGCACUGAUUCCAUUUCCAGGGGCUUGGACACUGUGAAUGUAAAUUAUGUGGUGAAUUAUGACAUGCCAAAUCAUUAUAACGUGUUGACUCAUAGGAUAGGGAGGCUCUCGAGGUAUAACAGUAGAAGAGGAACAGUGUAUCACUUAAUCAAAGAAAAGGAUAAAAUAGUAAUGAUUAAAUCCAUCAAGCAGAGACGCAUCAAAGGUGUUGAGAAAAUAAAAUUCAAAAAGGAAAAAUUGAUGGAGAUAAAAAGAUCUAUAACAUGUAUAAAAUCGUUAAUCAAUGAUGUAAUAAUUAAGGAAGAUGCAGAAAUUUUAAGCCGACAUCAGUUUUAUUGUUACGAUGAUUUGGUAAAGUUGUGCGGGGUAGAGUAA